AUGUUGGAAAGACUGGUAGCUGCCCGUCUCUCAUGGUGGGCUGAGGAACAUGGCCUCCUGCCUGAAAACCAGAGUGGCUUCCGUGAAGGUCGAUCCACCCUCUACCCUUUGCUUCAAUUUGCACAGCUCAUGCACACUUCGUUUGAAAACCGGGAGUUCCUUCUGGCUGCCUUUUUGGAUUUACGUGGGGCGUUUGAUUCUGUGUCUCACACGGCGAUUCCUUUUAAGCUGGCCAACAUGGGGCUGGCAGGAGUCCCCCUCCGUUGGACGCACAACUUUUUUUAUACGGACGGCUCAGCACGGACCUCCCCCUCUACUACAUCUUCUGCAGCCUUCUUCACUAAUCUCUCCUUGUGUCAAACCUGGCGGUUAGACCCUGCUCACUCCGUCCUGGCAGGGGUGCUCUUCGCCAUUCACCAGGCUCUGGUUUUUGUCCCGGCUCACCUUCCCCCUCAGUCUUUGGUUCUCUUCUCUGAUUCCCAAUCCUCCCUGGCACUUUUGUACUCUGCCCGUCCACGGUCACUAUGCGUCCUCGUCCGUCAGAUGCAAUCUCUUCCUCUGUGUUUCUUGCAGAGCUCAGAUUCCUGGAAAGACAGUGAGGAGUUCUCCAAUUACAUCAUACAGCUAGCAUCAUGUGGUGUAGAAAAACUAGCAAAGGAAGGUGCUCAUCUGCGGGAGGAGAGAUCAGCCAUUUUAGAUCAAACCAGAGAUUUGGCAUACACAAACUACAAGACCUUUAUCCAUACUGCAGACUGCUCCAGAGCAAUUUAUAAGGAUUUUACCAGAGUGGAGAGCCACCUAGAAGGCCUGUCAUCACGUCUACCAAAUUUGAAGGAAAGAGUAGAGAGAUUCCUAGCUACAUCAAGGAACUUAGCUCAGUCACGGCACCUCACAUCUCUAACGCUCACAAAACACACACAGUUGCUAGAGAUCCUGGAGUUGCCACAGUUGAUGGACACUUGUGUAAGAAAUGGUUAUUAUGAAGAAGCCUUAGAAAUUUUGGCCUAUGUUCGAAGACUUGAGAAAAAACACACAGACAUCCCUAUUACUGCUGGAAUUGUAACAGAGGUGCAGGCUGGAACGCGUCUGAUGUUAAGUCAACUUCUGGCACAGUUGCGAUCUCCCCUAGCAUUGCCACAGUGCCUCAAAGUUAUAGGUUUGCUGCGGCGCCUGGAUGUAUUUACUGAACCUGAGUUAAGACUUAAAUUCCUUCAGGCAAGAGACUCUUGGUUUAAUGGUAUCUUAAAGGCUAUACCUAAGGAGGAUGCUUAUCAACACAUAAUCAAAGUGGUGGAGGCUUCCAGGGUUCACCUUUUUGAUAUUGUCACACAGUACAGAGCCAUCUUUUCUGAUGAUGAUACAAGAUUCAGUCUUGGUGAUCCUGAGGUUAAUGAACAAGCAAUCUUCCAUGGCUGGAUUCUCCAUAAGGUUAACCAGUUCAUAAAACUAGUGGAGAAGGACCUUCAGCGAGGAGUUGGAGUCAACCUGGAGGCUGUCCUGGCUCAGUGUAUGUUCUUUGGUCAGUCAUUUAGCCGCAUUGGAGCGGAUUUUCGAACCCUUCUUAUUCCACUAUUCCAGAAAGCUGCUCUGACCCAGUGUGAGAAAGAUAUUAGAACAGCUAAUAUCAAAUUUGAUGAGACAUUAAGUAGUUUUUCACUGAUGGAGGCUCCACAGCUUAGUGCUUCUACUACAUUGAUGACUGAAACACAGGAUAAGACAAGGCCUCCUCUCACACUGAUGGAAUUUCCACCCUUGGCACAUUACAUGAAUGGGUUGGUAACAGCAUUCAACACCUUGCGUCAGUGCUGUCCUAUUGCUACACUACCUGAUGUCAACAUACUUCUCCAACAGUCUCUUACCAAGGUUAUUGCUGCUUUACUGGAACUCCAUAGAUUGGAAAGUUCUGGGUUCACAGCCCGAGAAGAGGCUGCUUUUCAACGAAUGUGCUCUGUGGUUGCUCAAGGUCUUCUUCCACAUGUUAACAAUUGCCUUCAUCUCCUGUACCCGCUUCAGCAAAUUUCUCUCAUCACUGGUGUUCCUGUAACACAGCUUCAGAGAGAGGUGCGGAGAAUUUUUGUUCUUGUAAAAGUGUGCAUUUUUAUCUGUUGACCUAGAAACAUGAUG